AUGGACUAUAAGAAAAUUGCGGAUGAAGUUUCAGAAAAAAUUUUAUCAUACAGUCAAGAUACUUCAGGAUGGAGAGUGAUAAAAGUUUCAAAAAAUGUUACAGUUUCUUCAAAGCCUUCAAAAGAGUAUGCAGGAAAUAUAUACCGUGGAGAAGGGAUAAUUAAGGAAGUCCCUAGUAAAAUUAUUCCUUUUAUGUAUCUUCCUGAAUAUCGAAACAAAUGGGACAAGGCAUUACAAUCUUACAAGCUGUUAGAAAGGAUUGACCAGGACACUGGUAUAUACCACAGUGUAACACACAGUUAUGGUAUGGGACUGAUUUCAUCAAGAGAUUUUGUUGACCUGUUGCAUGUUAAACCAUAUCCUGGUGAUAUCCUUACAACUAACUCUGUCAGUGUGGAAUACUCCAACUGCCCUGCAACUCCCUCUUGUGUCCGAGGCUAUAACAAUCCCUGUGGGUAUGUGUGUUCACCUUUGCCCGAGAAUCCAGAGCAUUCUAAGCUAGUUGUAUUUAUUCAGCCAGAACUAGGAGGAAUGCUUCCAGUUUCUGUAGUGGAGACAGCAUUACCUACUACUCUCAUAAAUUUAAUCACUGAAACAAGAGCUGGACUGAAAGGCUUGAAAGACUGUAAUUAA